AUGAAGCUUGAAAAGUUGUUCCCAGAGGUUGGCCCAAAUAACAAAGGCUCUAAGAACUUGCGCGCGACGCGCCGACGCACACGCGCCCUACGGCAAAAGUGCGCGGAACCAGACGUGUUCGAAAGGAUGUACGGUCGCACAAACAUUCGCAUGUCACGAGGGUAUGAGGGUUCCCUCUUCCGCACAGAACAGUUCGUCAUCAAGAUCCUUCGCGGUGAGCCCGUUACAUUUUCGGCCAUUGGCGGGAGUGUCACCUCAGGCCAUAAUGUUCAACAGUUUGAAGCAUGGGUAACUAUCUUCGGGGAUUGGCUUCGCGACUGGUUUCCCCACGACGGCCUUAUCACCAUCAUCAACGGCGCAGUCCCUGCUACGGGCUCGGGGUACUUUGCCUUCUGCUUUCCCCUGCACAUUCCAGAGGAUUCGGAUCUGGUCGUGGUCGAGCUCGGUGUCAACGACGAGCCUGACCUGGAGAUGAUUGACAACAUGGAGUCGCUACUCCGCGGUGUCCUCGGCAUGAAGAACAGCCCAUCCGUUAUGCUCGCGGAGGCGAUGGCGUUCAGCAAGGGUCCGAUGUCUGGCGGUGGCGGUCGCUUCCAUCUCCCCGUGGCGCAGUACUACGACGUUCCUGUUAUCAACCAGCGCCACCCACUUGUCAACCACUUUGCUCGGUUCCCAGAGGUUGUUCCCAUGUACUUCUCGGAGUCCUGGGACCAGCCAGACCUGCGCCAUUUCAACUGGCACGGUCACCGCGACCUCGCCAACCUGGUGGCAAGCCUUCUUAGAGACGUCGCCUGCGAGCUCGUUGCGGACCCUCACUACAUGCCACCACCACCAGACACCCAACCACCGGGUGUCCAGGAGCACACACCCCAAGAGAGCUUUAAUGACCAAGUCACUGCCCUCUAUGGUGAGGACACUCGUCAUGUCCUUAGGAAGAUGGAGGAGGACUGGCCCGAGGAGGCCCGCUCGUGGCUGUACCAGCCGCCCGCGCCGAAGCAACGCAAGCGCGAUGACGUUCAGGCGUCUGCACGCUCUGAGGGUGACGCUGAGGAAGGGGCAUCUCCUCAAGAAGAACCACCCCUUCCCCAACAGGUGUGGAUGCCUGGUUUCUGGUCACGUCCGGCGGAGCUUGGGAUGCUUCCUCGUAUCAAUGGCAUGGAGGGCUGGAAUGCGGACGUCAGUCACCGUGUUCCAGAGUUCCACCCGACCUGCAAGAGCACGCACUCGGACAAAACCGAGUUCCAGCUCCGCCCAAUACAUAUGGACCCACAGUGGGACUACUGGGUCCAUCCUGAGAACUCGGAGAAGCCGUAUUACGUCUCCAAAGUUCCGGGAGCCAAAGUUAAGUUCGAGAUUGGCACGAGCGUGGGUAUCGUCAAGAUCUACAGUCUCUUCGCACAAGACUUGGGCUUCGGCAAGUGCAAGUGCUGGGUCGAUAACGCCAAGGAUGUCGGCAAGAUUAUCGAUGGCCGCCUGGGCAACGCCGACAACACUGGACAACUCACGACUUUGAGCACCAUCAUCCCCGCGGGGACGCACAACGUGACGUGCGAGAUCUUGGAGGAGACGAAUGACCCGAAUGGCGGACACGAGUUCCGCAUCAUCGGUGUCAUGGGAGGAUAG